AUGGUUCAUCGACGAAAUAGUACUCAAUCAAGACAUCAUUUGUCUAUCAAGAAAAAUUCACGUCUUAAUACCGGAGUAAUACAACAAACAUCAUCGUCAUCAACUAUUUCAAUGGUUAAACAAAAUUCAACAGAAAAUCUUGAUGAUGAAACAAAAUUAGCUAAACGUCAUUUAACAAAAGAAAUGUGGCAACUUGUUUCCAUUGCAGUCAAACGUAUGGCCGAUGAACUUGUUUCAAUUUCUAACAAUCAACAAGCAGCAACACGUAUACUUAACAUAGAACCACCAACGCCAAUAAUAUUCAACAAUCAUCAAACAAAACUUGUUGAAUCAAAUAGUAUUCAUCAGCAAUCAUCAUCAACACCGAUCAUUCAAGAACAAACAAUGUCAAUCAAUUCAGGAGCAGGUGAUUUACCUUGUAUGAAAGAAAAUGCGAUCAUUUUCAAAGAACCUACUAAAAAACGUACAUUACCAAUUCAAAUGUUCGAAUCACCUUUACAAAUUAAGAAGAAAGGAAUUAGUAAUAAUGCAUCCCGUCGACCAAUUAAAUCUAAAACACAAAAUAAAUCAUCAUCAAAGAAGAAUGGAAAAAUUAGAACACCACAUCUACGUAAUAAUCAUAAAUUAAAAUAA